GUCGUUUGUGCGCGCCGCCGUCGUGUUUAUUCCGCGCAUGUCGCGGGAAGACGUGUUUGUCCGUCAGUUUCGAUGGUUUCGGCGAAGUUGGCACGAAAUGCACAAAACGGAACCGCCCAAUUUUCGCACGGACGUGGUGGUUGUGUCCAACGGGAUCAUCAAGGACCUGCGUGGCCUCGGGUGCACGACCAAGCCGCGCGCGUCCCGCGACGCGCCCAACCGGUGCAUCCUCGUGCAGGACUACGAGCUCUUGUACUCCAAGGACACGUUUGAUUACCGGUUUGGCGAUUCCAUCAACAUCGUGGCCAAAUCCACGCCGGUGCUUGACGCGUACGACUGGUUGCUCCGGACGGACAUCGACGUGUUUCUCACUCCUGCAUUCUCAUCGUGGCGCCCCAAGACGAUGGUGGUCGGCUACGGCGGGUACGAGAGUGAAACGAGCGUCCAACGCCUCGGCAGAAUUGCCAAGGACCUGAACUUGAACGUCGCUGGGAUGCACUCGGUGGGAUCGACAUGGUACGGCCCGACCAAGCUGAUCCAGGAGUGCGCCAACUUGACGGUGUUCAUGAUGAAGUACUUGCACCAGAACGAGUUUACGGCCGAGGAGAAGAGCCCCGAGUACGGGAUCAAGGGGUGGCCCGAGUGGCACUACGGUGUAUUAACGCUGUAUGCGGGCCACAUUGCGAUCAACCACUGCGCGUUUGGCGAUUUGGCCGUGAGGGACGAAAACAUGCUGGACUUUCCCACGGCGUCGGACGGUGACGUCGCGUACCACGCGCAUUUGCACACGUGGCAAAACGCCAAGCGGUUCUCCAAGUUUGUGUUUGAUCAAGGAGGGUAUGCCAACGAAACGCUGGACAAGCUCAACUUGCAUCAAGUCAGCGACUACGCCAUGUACAUGGCGCUGGAUUCGCAGGAAACGCCCGAGCCAACGAUGGUGCCGAUCAGCUACCCUCCCGACACGCCGCAUGGCAAAGUGCUGAUCCGUGCGAUCGUGGUACAUUUGCCGUCCGCCAACAACACCAACUACAACGACAACCAACUGGUGAGCCACUUUCAAACGCUGCACCAGAGCUGGAAAGACAUGCUUCGGUCCGAGCCGACGCUGUGGCGCACGGAUUUAGUCGUCGUCACCGAUCGACCUACCAUGCCCGAGCUUACAGCACUCAAAUGCACCGACAUGUACCGCACAACAACGUCGUACAAGAGCUUUUGCGUCCAAGUGUCGGCAACGACGCAAUCCACGCUCACCAAGUUGAGUGUCGACGGAAAUAGUACGUCGUGGCCUGGCUACGAUCUCGCCAACGCACUGCAUGCCGUCCAGCUCGACCUGCCCCAGCUCAAGUCGUAUCAGUGGCUCCUCCGCACGGACCUCAAUACGCUCGUCACACCAGGUCUGUCCACGUGGCACCCCACCACGGCUGUAUUUGGCCCGGCCAACAGCCACGAACCGAAGGCAGAUCAGGACCUCGUCAAGGGUAUAUCCACAGAAUUGAAGCUGGAUCACUUGGCUCUGCCAAACGUUGGCACAACUUGGUACGGACCUUCCACGUGGGUUGUCGAGUGCGCCAAGAUUGGACUGCAAGCACUUCUCCACCUGCAUCAACAAAACAAGACAGGCUCGUCAUCGAACGCCGUGGCCGCAUCCGUCGCCAUCAACCAUUGCGCCAACAAGCACCUGGAUGGAGCGUCGGCUGUGUUGAACGACACCAUGCUGGACAUCCCGACCACGUCGUCCGACUCACCAAACGUUCAUGCCCACUUGCGUGCAGUCAUGACGAACGACGCCCCCGUAUUUAGUGCCGCGGCGUUUGCUGCGGGUACGUACGCCGACGUCGAGCUCGAGUCGUUGCAUCCCGGGGAAACGAUCCACGACUAUGCGAUGGCGAUGGCUUUGAAAUCUCACGGCGGAUUCACUCCGACGUCGGUUCCCCCCCCCGUGCACUCAAGGAGACUUGCACUACCCGACAACGCAGCCAACGAACACGCCCGUCGGCUUCGACGAGGGUGACACAAUGCUUGCCACUGCUUGCAGGGCUUGCAUGGGAACGACCGAUCCAUUCGAACGUUCUCCUUGGUGGUGGCACCUCACCGUACAAUCGGUCGAAUCGACAGCCGCGGAGAAAACUCCACCGAGUCGAACGAAGCAUGGUCAUGGAAUCUACUUUAAUGAAGGUUUGCCCACUCGAAACCCCUUGGUCUUCCACUACGAUGAUGGC